CUUUGGCGCGCAUUUUUUUCCCUUUCCCGCUUUCUUCAAUGUCCGCGCGCUUGUUUGUUCGUCAUUGUUGAUGCGCAUUUGAGAGUUCUUGAAGUAACGUCAUGGGAUCACCGUUGACUGGUGGAGCAGUGCAGCGCAUCCUCGAUGGAGAGCUGGUGGACAAACCUGUGCUUCAAGUUCUGAAUUUCAAGCCAAUACCCGGUGGCAGCAGCGAGAGGUAUCGUCUCCUGUUGUCCGAUGGGGUAAUGUGUCAUACAUAUGCCAUGCUGGGAACGCAGUUGAACGAGAAGAUAACGAGCAAGGAAGUUGAGAAGUUUGCUGUCAUACAACUGGACAAGUACAUGUGCAACACUGUAAAUCCCGAGAAGAAAAUUCUAAUAAUCCUUGAGCUGACCGUCGUAGCUGCUGGUGCUGACGUGGGUUCAAAGAUUGGCAACCCUGUCACUAAUGUACCUGGUGUCGUGGCUCAGCAGAGUGCACAAGCUCAACAGAAUGUGUCCGCACCUGCUGAAGCUGCAGCACCCCAACGCCCUCAACAGCCAACACAGUUUCAGUUCAGGGGCAACACAUCAUCUAUGUCCGCACCGCAACGUCCUCAAAUGUCAACUGGAGGGUCAUUGCAGCAAACCAAUGGUGUUGUCGUGUUCCCAAUAAGCAGCCUUACACCUUACCAGAAUAAGUGGACUAUCCGAGCAAGAGUCACCAACAAGAGUGCCAUCCGAACGUGGAGCAAUUCCAAGGGGGAAGGCAAACUCUUCUCGAUGGACUUGCUCGACGAGUCCGGUGAAAUCCGCGCGACUGCUUUCAAUGCAGAGUGUGACAGGUUCUACGACGUCAUUGAAGUCAACAAGGUGUACUACGUCUCCAAGGCCAACCUCAAGCCAGCCAACAAGAACUUCACCUCAAUCAAGAACGAGUUCGAGAUGUCGUUCAAUAGCGAGACGCACAUCAGCCCCUGUGACGACAGCUCGAGCAUUCCUACGGUUCAGUUCAGCUUCGUACCCAUUCUGAAGCUUCAGGGGAUGCCCCGGGACACACUCGUAGAUGUGAUAGGGGUCUGUAAGAGUGCCGGCGAGGUCCAGACGGUGAUAAGAAGGAACACAAACCAGGAGCUGAAGAAGAGAGAUAUCCAGCUGGUGGACAAAACCAACACGGAAAUAUCUCUGACAUUGUGGGGAACUCAGGCUGAAACAUUUGAAGCCAGUGAACACCCUGUGGUAGCGAUCAAAGGAGCACGCAUUUCAGAUUUCGCUGGUGUCUCGCUUUCAUUGAUCGGAAGCAGCAUGAUGCAAGUAAACCCGGACCUACCAGAAUCUCACUCUCUCUACGGAUGGUACGUGAACGAAGGCAGUUCAAUGGAGUCGCAGUCCAUCACAGUCAGGGGCGGAGCCGGAGGUUCUCUAACGGGUCCCGGUACGGUCUGGAAGUCCCUGGAACAGGUCAAGAAGGAAAACUUGGGACAGGGGGAUAAGCCGGACUACUUCACGACAAAAGCAAGCAUUGCGAUAGUUCGGAAGGAAAAGUGCCUGUACAAGGCUUGUCCCACAGAGCAGUGCAACAAGAAGGUAGUUGACAUGGAGAACGGGUUUGUGCGUUGCGAGAAGUGUGCCCAGGAGUUCUCGAACUACAAGUGGAGGCUACUAGUCUCGGCCAACUUGGCAGAUUUCAGCGACAGCCAGUGGGUGACGUGCUUCGGGAAAGAAGCGGAGCAGCUCCUCGGGGCAUCCGCCGAAGAACUUGGAAGCUACUUUGAGAUGAACAACCCAAGGUUCGAGGACAUCAUCAGCGAUGCAGCCUUUAAGGAAUUUAUCUUCAGGUUACGUGUGAAGAUGGAGACGUACAAUGAUGAGACACGGCUGAAGACAUCUGUUGUUUCCUUGUCGCCUGUCAACUAUGUUGAGCACACGCAGAAGCUGCUGAAGGAUAUUGAAGGCAUGUCGUAAACCAUCUCGAGUCGUCUUUAUUGUUGUUUUGUUGUAGGGCGCCGCACAAGUAACUUAUCCUGAAUCGUUGCAACGUAUAUUAGCAGUUCUAAUUUGUGAGUUGCUCGGUUCAAGCUAUUUCUGUUAGUUUACAAAGUUCAGAACGUACCUUGUAAUAUUUUAAUUGAUAUAAUUCAACGCAUACUUAAUUGUGAAAUAUCAUUGCAAAUAUUAUGCAGAAGCUGUUGAAUAAAGCUGGCUCACUUUGUAA